ACGCGAAUGGGCUCUGGGUUGGGUGGGCCGAUGUUAAGACCUCCAACUCGUUGAGAUUUCCCGCCAAGGCCCACUGGCUUUCACCAUCAUUUUCUUCGACGUCCCGUCCCUUUAACUUUCUGUGUCUCGUCCAUGGCGACCCUUUCCUUCGUCACUUCAGUGAUUUUGAAGUGAUUACUUGCGCGAAGCAUACCAUUGCGGAGCGAUCGUAGUCCGCUUCGGCCUUCGCCGUUUCCUCAGAGCCGCCGUUGAGCCGCUUUCGCCUUGAUCCUCGUGUCGCCGCUGCUGAUGGAAGACGAGAAGAACGCGUUCUAUGUCGUGAGGAAGGGGGACGUCAUUGGCAUUUACAGGAAUCUCCUCGACUGCCAAGAUCAAGCUGGUUCUUCCAUAUCCAGUCCUUCAGUAAGUGUGUACAAAGGGUAUCAUUUGUCAAAGGACACUGAGGAUUAUCUCAAAUCACAAGGUCUGAAGAACGCGUUGUAUACCAUUAAUGCUGCUGAUGUAAAAAAUGACAUCUUCAGCCAACUUGUUCCAUGUCCAUUUCAGGCAUCAAUGAUGUACCAGCAACCAUCUUCUUCUGGAGGCGUGCAAUUUAAGGAGCCUCCGGCAAAGAGGAGCGGAGAAAUGCUUCAAUUGGACUCUUAUCAAGUGGUUGGUGCCACUUCAAUCCUGGUGAACUCUCAGAGAAAGCAAUUAAAACCUGACAAUACUAUUUUAGGGCAGGUUUCUUGUACUCUUGAGUUUGAUGGAGCUUCAAGGGGAAAUCCAGGGCUAGCUGGGGCAGGCGCAGUGCUGCGAGCAGAAAAUGGAACCGUGGUACACCGAUUGCGUGAAGGUGUGGGUAUAGCAACAAACAAUGUUGCCGAGUACCGAGGUCUGAUUUUGGGACUGAGGUAUGCUCUUGAGAGAGGGUUUAAGAACAUCCGUGUCCAGGGUGACUCGAAGCUCGUCUGCAUGCAGGUUCAGGGUUUGUGGAAAAUAAAGAACCAGAACAUGGCCAACUUGUGUAAAGUGGCCAAAGAGCUCAAGGAAAAGUUUGCAUCGUUUGAGAUCAAACAUGUUCUCAGGGAGUUCAAUUCCGAAGCCGAUGCUCAAGCAAAUCUUGCUGUGAAUCUCAGAGACGGUCAGGUCGAAGUCACCUGCAACAGGAAGUAGCUGUAGAACUUCCGCAGUUCCAUUUAAUAAUUAACAGUUCGGACACGUUUGGAUUUUGGGUUUCUUGCUUUCUCUUCUUUUGUAUCAAUUAAGCACAGGCUAAAGUAUUGCCUUUCUGUCUCACUAUAGUCGUUUACUUAAUCUUCAGAAAGGCCCAUGUCUACUAUCGAAAUUGCAGUAAGAGACUCCAUCUUUUUCGUUUCUCUA